UUAUUGUAAGGUUAAGAAGACAUGUGCUUACCAAAACUAUACAAAAAGUGCAAAGGAAAAGAUAAGAUUUAUUUUUUGUGAUAUAAUGAAACUAGGUUGAUAGUGCAUGAUAUGCACACAUAGGUAGCAGUAGUGUGGUAAAUUUCAAAACCAUUGCUCAGUGCAUUGAGUGAAAGUGAGUGGUAUAAUAAGUGGACAAUAUUUAGCUACAAGUGUCUCAAAUUUUGUACGGCAUGAACAAAAAUCUCAAAAAAGAGAAUAACAAUCAAAUAAAUAGGGAAAAGGCAGCUAACAAUCAUGAAAAAUUUAUGCACACAAAAGUACAAUAUAUCAAUUUUGGUGAAAAUGAUCAAAUGGAAAUUGCAGGAUAUAAACCACAUAAGCUGAAAUCGCGUGUAACGUUAUUUUUUUAUUUUUUAACCUUUGGAUUGUUGAGAUUAUUUUUCCACUGGUAUCCUCAAUUAAAGCUCUUGUCAACACAUAAAAAAUGUUCUUUAAAAAAUGCAGAAAAGGUUCUUAUUACAGAUAAUUACAAAGGAAAAUUCAAAUCUUAUUUCGUUAAAGAAAUUAUAGAAAUAUCUACAAAAAAUCUUAGCAAGGAGAACUCCAAGGAUAGCAAUGAUGAAUUGUUAAAUUUUUUUCUCUGUGAUGGUACUGAAAGAAGUCUAUCAAGUAUACGAAUAUUAAAGUGCAAAAAAUUGACGUACAUUUGGAAUGAUGAGCGUUGCAAGUUUGUCAAGUUGGCCGGGUUGGAUAAGGGGGUAUCCAGAAACGAUCUACAUAAAUAUACAGGAUAUACCACUAAAGAACAGAAUGUAAAGAGAGUCAUCUAUGGGUAUAACGAAAUAGUUGUACCGGUGCAAAGUAUCUGUACUCUCUUGGUUUUAGAGGCUCUAACUCCAUUUUACAUCUUUCAAGUUUUCAGUUUGAUAGUGUGGUUUUGCGAGUACUACUACUACUACACAAUAGCCAUCAUAAUUAUGUCGGUUUUUGGUAUAUCAACCUCCAUAAUACAGACGAGAAAAAACCAGAAAAACCUGAAAGGUACAGUGCAUUCCAGCGACAAAGCUGUAGUUUGUAGGGGGAAUGGACUUUAUCAAGACAUACCCACUACGUAUCUAGUACCUGGAGAUGUUAUAGUGAUACCCAAAAAUGGAUGUGAAAUGCAAUGUGACGCCAUUUUGCUGAAUGGCAGCUGUGUUGUUAACGAGUCAAUGUUGACUGGUGAAUCAGUGCCAGUGACUAAAAACUCCCUACCGAAAAACAACACCCCGUAUAACGUGAAGGAAGACGUAAACCAUACUUUAUACUGCGGAACCAAGGUCAUCCAAACAAGACAUUAUGACGAAACUCAGGUGCUAGCAGUUGUCAUCAGAACGGCAUAUCUAACAACAAAAGGUGAGCUGGUUCGGAGUAUAAUGUACCCUCCUCCAGCUGACUUCAAGUUUGAUCAGGACUCCUACAAAUUCAUCGGCAUCCUAGGCUUCAUAGCCUCGCUGGGUUUCAUCUACACCAUUGUAUCGAAAAGUUCGAGAAACAUAGCUGCAGUUGAUAUACUAAUCAAAGCCCUAGAUUUGGUGACGGUAGCUGUCCCACCAGCUUUACCAGCUGCUAUGACAGUCGGGAAAUUAUACGCUUUGAAUCGAUUGAAGAACCACAAAAUCUUCUGCAUCAAUUCCAGAGUGAUUAACGUGUCAGGUUCCAUAGAUUGUGUUUGCUUUGAUAAGACUGGAACUCUCACAGAAGAUGCUUUGGAUAUGUGGGGGGUUGUUCCAGUUGAAAACAACAAAAUAAAACCACCCAUAAAAACAUUUAAAGACAUAGAAAAUGAAUCAUCAUUGUUUAGAGGAAUGGCUAGUUGUCACUCACUCACUUUGAUUGAUGAAACCACCUGUGGAGACCCUUUGGAUGUUAAAAUGUUUGAAUGCACAAACUGGGUGCUGGAAGAACCAUCAUCAUCAAAAAACUAUGUCCACAAAAUACGACCAAGUAUGAUAUCAAAACCAUUUGCUUCCAGUCCAAAUAACAACUCAUACGAAAUAGGCAUUUUGAAACACUUCCAGUUCUCUUCAACUCUCCAAAGAAUGAGUGUUAUAACCAAAAGUACAGAUGCAGAACACUUUGAUGUAUUCUGUAAAGGUUCUCCUGAAAUGAUCAUAUCUUUAUGCGACAACACUACAGUACCAAACGAUAUUCAAACGUGGCUUCAAAAUUACACUGAACAAGGUUACAGAGUCAUAGCUUUGGCUACAAAAAAAUUGAACAACCUAUCCGAAAUUGAUCUGAACCAUUUACCCAGAGAAGAUGUUGAAAGUAACUUGCAAUUCUUGGGGCUCAUCAUUUUGGAAAACAAAUUGAAACCCGAAACUCACGAUGUCAUCAAAACUCUGAAACGUGCUGGACUUAAAAUUGUUAUGAUCACAGGGGAUAACAUCCAAACUGCAAUCCAUGUCGGGAAAGAAUGUGGGUUAAUAGACACAUCCAAAACUGUCAUUGAAGUUUUGGCAAAUAAGCCCACAAAAUACGAUUUCGCUUCUGUAACGUACGAAGUUUUGGAGAAAACUGAUAAGAAGGUAUUCAACCAUCUGGAAAAUGGGUUUCACGCUGAUUUUGAUGUGGAGAAAUCGCAAAGAAAAGACUACCAAUUUGUUGUGACGGGUACAUCUUGGGCAAAUCUGGUGCAAUAUUUUCCAGAUUUAAUAUCCAGGAUUGUCGCUAAAGGAGUGGUAUUCGCUAGAAUGUCGGGUUUACAGAAACAACAGUUGAUUGAGGAGUUGAAGAAUAUGGGGUAUUACGUCUCUAUGUGUGGUGAUGGAGCUAACGACUGCGGAGCUCUUAAGGCAGCUCACGUGGGUAUAUCACUAUCUGAAGCUGAAAGUAGUGUAGCUUCACCCUUUACUUCCAAGGAAGCAAACAUAUCUUGCGUCACAAAAGUUAUAAUGGAGGGUAGAGCUGCUUUGGUGACGUCUUUUGGUGUGUUCAAGAUGAUGCUCUGCUACAGCUUGACUGAAUUCGCUUCGGUCAUCAUUUUGUACACCAUUGAUACCAACUUGACCAGUGUUCAGUAUCUCUUCAUCGAUAUAUUUCUGAUACUGAACUUUUCGUCUGUGUUUGGUAUAACGAGAGCCUACAAGGUUUUAGAUAGAACUCCUCCUAUGACUUCCUUGUUGAGUUUUAUCCCCAUAUGUUCCUUGGUUUCUUUCAUGACUGUGACGGUUUUUUACCAAGUUUUUGCCUAUCAUUUUGUGAAGAGUUACGAAUGGUUCACACCCUUCCAGUUCAACCCAAACAAUACCACGUUUUAUGAAUGCUAUGAGAACUAUGCUGUCUACUCGGUAUCAAUGUUUCAAUACAUCACCAUGGCGAUUGUUUUCUCCAAAGGAAAACCCUACAGACUCUCCAUCAUCACCAACAAACUAUUCAUCAUAAGCAUUGUAAUCAUGAUAGCGAUUUGCUCAUACAUUGUCAUCCUGCCUGCCCAUUGGUUGAAACAGCUAUUCGAACUGAAAAUUCCACCAAUCGUUGACUCAAGAUUUCACUUUCUGCUGAUAGCUUUUGCCAACUUUGCAACCUGUUUCAUCGCUGAAGACAUCUUCAUCGAGAUAAUACUCAAAAAAUUCAUCGAACCAAGAAUACAGAAGUUCAAAAAAUCUCAACCAGCACACAAGAAGUUAUUAUUAGAAUUAAGGGAAAAUGAUUCUUGGCCUGUUUUGGAAAAUAGUUCCAGAAAUGGUAUCGUGAAUGAAUCGUACGAAACUACAGAGAAUACAAACUGUUAAAUGUUAUAAUUAUUUAUUGUUGAUAUUAUUAUAAGAAUAAAUUAAACUAUGUUUUUACUUGUAAGUUGUUUUAAUGAUGAUCUUCCACAACACUUCUUCUAUGAGUUGUAAGU